AUGGCAGAAGCUAUCGAACCGAUUAAUAAACGAAGAAACAAUUUUACAUUUAAUCAAUCAUUGAUAGACCGAAUAAGGCAAAGCCAAAACAAUUUUAAACUUAUUUGGUUUGAUCCAAACAUUAAACCAGAAGACGUUACAAAAAAGACAGAAGAACUUCGGGUUAUUAAUGAUCAUAUCAAUGUAUUUGUUCAUCUUGAAAAGUGUAUGGAAUUUAUCAAAUCAAUUAAAAGCGAAAAAAUCUUUUUAAUAACAUCCGGAGCUCAAGCCCCAGAAAUUUUAUCUCAAGUAUUGAAUUUGGAUCAAGUUGAUUCGGUCUUUAUCUUUUGUAUGGUAAAGGAACGGCACGAACAUUUAUUAACUGAAUACAAUAAAAUUAUUGGAAUUUAUACCAAGUUUGAUGAUUUAUGUAAAUCAAUUGAAGAAGAAUUUGAUAAUUUCAAUAAACGCAUAGAAACAUUUUCUUGUUUUGAAAAAGACGAACCAUCUACGAAAGAUCUAUCAAAAGAAUCAGCGAAAUUUCUCUGGUAUCAAUUAUUUAAUUAUGUUACUGCUCGUCUUCCAAGAAAUCAACAAGCAAAAGAACAAAUGAUUCAAUUGUGUAAAGAUUAUUAUCAUGGGAAUAAAAAAGAAAUGGAACAUAUUCAAGAAUUUGAAGAAAAAUAUCGAUCGGAAAAUGCAAUUAAUUGGUAUUCGAAAAACGGUUUCUUAUAUAAAAUACUAAAUAAAGUAUUACGAAUCGAAAGCGUUGAAUUAAUACAUGCAUUCCGAUUUUUCAUUGGGGAUCUAUCAGAAAAUCUGCGAUGUCAACAUGACAAGAUUUUCUUGUCAAAAGAAAAAAUUUUAAUUCUUUAUAGAGGCUUUGCACUGGACACAAAAGAAUUUGAUAGAUUAAAACAAAGUCAAGGAAAACUUAUUUCAACAAAUGGAUAUUUUUCAACUAGUCGGAAAGAAUCAAAAGCACGAGAAUAUGCAAGUAAAUCUACAAAAAGAAAUGACGUCGUUCGUGUUCUGUUCCAUAUUGAAAUUGAUAUUGAAAAAAUUGAUAAAGAUAUUAUUUUUGCUGAUAUUGCUGAAUUAAGUGAUAAUCCAGAUGAAGCAGAAGUUUUAUUUGAUAUAAAUGCUUGUUUUGAAAUCAAAUCGUUUCAAGAAGAUAAACCAUUCCAAGUAAUUAAAAUGAAACUGUCAAAUGAAGGACAAAAAAUUACUAAAAAAUUCGUUGAAUCGACAAGCAAAGAAAUCGAAGGAACCAGUAAUUCAAUUGUCAUUGGUAGAUUAUUGUGUGACUUAGGGGAACAUGAUGAAUCACAAAAAUAUUUUGAACAAUUAUUAGAUAGCUCAACUGACGCAGAUCGUGCUUGGAUUGAAUUUAAUAUAGGCCGAGCUCUUGAUUGCAAAGGUCAAUUAAAAGAAGCGGAAAAAUAUUAUAUUCGUGCAUAUAAUCGAAUGAUAGAAGAUGGACCAAAACGAUUCAAAGAUGCUGCUCAUGUCCUCAACAGCAGGGGUGAUGUUAACUAUCGACAUGAAAAGUAUGACGAGGCUCUCAAGUAUAAUCAAAUGGCAUUGGAAAUGCAAGAGAAAUGGUGUCCAUCCGAUCAUGUUGAUAUUGCGAAAAGUCUAAUGAAUAUUGGUAAAAAUCUCACGCGUCAAGAAAAACAUGAUAAAGCUCUCGAUUAUUUUCAACAAGCGUCAACAGUUUUUGAAAAAUGUUCUCCAUCAAGUUCUGUUGAUCUUGCUGACACUUUGAAUAGUCUUGGCAUUUAUCAUGAGACACAGAAAAACCCAAAGAUAGCACUUGACUAUUUUAAACGUGCGUUGACACUUAAUGCAAAGUUUCUUCCUGUUGACCAUAAAAGUGUACAGAAGACGAAGGAUGCUAUUAGUCGACUUAAUGCAACAAAAUAA